AUGUCGAACAGCCCAGUCCCCGCCCUUCUGAGCCCUACGGCCGCUGAGUUCUAUUCCGGCCAGAUUGCGCAUCCCAGCCCUGCACCGAGCGAGCGCGUCUCUUCUCCUGCUACGCCGCCCCAGCAGGCCUUGAACGCUCAGCCCCAGUACCAGCUGCCGCAACAGCCACAGGCAUUGCCGUACUGCAGCCCGUUGUUCUACGGGUAUCAGCCAUACCCCCUAUACGACGGCUACACCCAUUACUACAACCAGGUCCACAACCCCUAUGACUUCCGCGCCACCCCACCCAUGCACUACGCACAGCCUCAAGGCCCCGUGUGGACUCAAGAGCAGACCUCCUACGUCGGGUACACCGUAGGCUCACCCGAGGCUUUCGGAACCCAGUUCAGCGAUAUCCAUGGCCUGCGGGCCGGUAGGAUGCCCAGCCAGAACACCCACUGGGACCGCUAUGCGACUGGCAACGAUAUGGACCCCAACGCCGCUACCUACAAGAAGAAGUCCAAGAAGAACAAGCGCAAGAAUUACAAAAAUCGGGCGCGAGACCAGGACCAAGACCAGGACCAAGACCAGGACCAAGACCAGGACCAAGACCAGGACCAAGACCAGAACCAGAACCAAGACCAAGACCAGGUGCAACAGCAGAGGCCUGGGGGGCGAGGCCAGUGGAACUAG